AUGGCCCACUGGCAACCCACUUUUCAAUGGACGCCCUCCUGGCCCACUUUCAAACCGCAUAACAAUACUGCUGCUCCAGCUAACAGACGGAGAGCUAUCACCACUGCCAUGUCUUCCUCUUCGAAUAUGUACCCUUCUACCGGUCCCAGUCCAAGUUAUGACCCCUCCUUCGAUCCAACAUUACUUCGAAGAGGCCGUCGCUCUCGUCCAAUGAGCUGGCAUCCCGCCGGCCAUACAACACCGAACUAUAUGCCACCUUCCACUACUGCUUCGAUAAACCUCUCCGCCAUGGCUCUCCCUCAACAAAUGAACGAUGACCCUCUCUUCUACACCGAUGAUAUGAUCCUCCCAUCAACAUCAUACUCGCUAUCUGGUCUUCCUCUCUCCGACGAGCCCCUUUCCAUGGCACCGUUCUUGCCCAUGGAUGAUGGUUCGCAGGUCGAGCCUUCAGCCUGGGAUGGUAGUAUGCCUGAUCUGUCGACGACUUCCCAUCUCUCCGAUGCUUGGUCGUUUGAUAUGAUGUCUAUGAACAACAACAUGCCUUCGCUGGACGCCACAUCCGGAUACGAAAGUGUCCCGUCUUCGGGCGAGGUGACCGGGCCUCCGACGCCGGAUUUGCUUCCUAUGCAACCACUUGAGUCUGAGGCGCAAGACGAUAAGGAUGAGCUGGUUGGAAUGGGUCUCUACAACCAACCGGAAAGUUUCAACGGUGGCGUUUUGGGCAAGGGACUGAAAUUGGAGGAAACCUUUACGCCUUUGUCUCCUAACACCACCAAGGAUGGUGAAGAUGAUGACGAAGAGGCAAACAACGACCAGUCCGUCCAAAGGACACCGGAACAGUCGCAGUACUACGAGCCUCUUAAGAACCCGGUAAAACCGGACAUGAACCUGCUGUCUCAGUCAUUUCUUUUCGAUGAUGAGGCCUCUUUUGACCAACAUGUCAUCACGGACACGCAGCCGUUCUUGCCUCUUGAGCAAUCAUGCAUGAAUUACGGAUACGGAUGGAUUUAA